GACAACACAGCCGCUGACCCGGGACACGACUAACAUCAACUAGCUAAGUACCGGCGUCCGAAAUUACUUCCUCUGGGGGAAGGGAAAAACUGCCGAGGGCAAAGAAACCGUCAGAUAUAUAAAUAUAUUUUUUACAAGAGAGGUAACGAUCUAAAACAUCCAUGUUCGCGCACAGCUGCGAUUUGAUGCUAACGUUAUGCUGGAGGAGUCAAGUGCGUUGAACUUUGGGCUCAUCGUUUGGUUGUUGUUUCACAGUUGAAAAGUUUCUCGGGGUCAAAUUAACGGCGCUUCAGUAGGCAUUGUCACGAGAGGACGUUGCUGACCUACCGAAGUUGAACAUGUUAGCAGUGUUUGAUUUACUGAGGCAUUUCUGCGGCAGACCCACUUUGCUGAUAGUGGGCACGGCUGGAGACGUUGUGGCUCUUCUGUGAAGUGCGCUUCCAAGGUUACUAAUUAGGCCACUUUGAUGGUGAUUAAAUGCGACGUGCACUCUCGUGGGCAGCUCCUGCUACAGACAACAGAGCACAGUGCGUAAGGAAAGGUGCGGCGGCCUGCCUGUGGAGCAAAACUUGAAGAAGAAAGCUGAAUGGACUCACAAGCUCACAUAUGAGUGAACAACUCACCGGCGUUUAUGGGGGGUCCACUUGUAAUACGGCUCUGAAUGUAAAUCUGGAAUGGAGAUCUUUUCCAGGAUGCAAGCGCACUGUUGAAGACUGUCUUGCUAGGGAAUAGUUCACUACAGUGUUUUUUAUUAGGGCUUUAACCGCCUAAACUAACAGCAAACCGACUAAAAACUCGUACACGUCGUUAUUAGACCGUCGAGACUGCACCACGACGAACGCAGACUGAGUCGCCUCGCGCCCGAACCAUGGCCUCCAGCUCGCGGAACAGCUGCUUCUGGUUGCUCUGGAGACGGACCCUCCUCGCGCUGUCCAUGUGUGCGCUUGGGGCUGGUGGAGCGGAGGAUGACGGCGCCUUCAACGCAGAGUCAUGGCUGAGGAUGUACGGUUACCUGCCCCAGGCCAGCAGACAGAUGUCAACCAUGAGAUCAGCUCAAAUCCUGUCCAACGCCGUCAGCGACAUGCAGCGAUUCUACGGCCUAGAGGUCACUGGACAGAUGGACCCUCAAACCAUCAGUGCCAUGAAGAGACCCCGCUGUGGUGUUCCUGACAAGUUUGGAGGCCAGAUCAAAACCAACGUGCGGCGAAAACGCUAUGCCCUCACCGGACAUAAAUGGAACAAGAACCACCUCACUUACAGUAUCCAGAACUACACUCCCAAGAUUGGAGAGUAUAACUCAUAUGAAGCCAUCCGGCGGGCCUUUAAAGUCUGGGAGGGAGUGACCCCGUUGACCUUUGAUGAAAUCCCCUACCAGGAGAUCAAAUAUGGACGCCGCAAGGAGCCCGACAUCAUGAUCUUCUUUGCUUCGGGCUUUCAUGGAGACAGCUCGCCUUUUGAUGGGGAGGGAGGCUUCUUAGCUCAUGCCUACUUCCCUGGACCUGGAAUGGGUGGGGACACACACUUUGACUCUGAUGAACCAUGGACCAUAGGAAACCAGAAUGUACAAGGUAAUGACCUCUUCCUGGUGGCAGUCCAUGAGCUGGGCCACGCCCUGGGUUUAGAGCACUCCAACAACCCCCUGGCCAUCAUGGCUCCCUUUUACCAAUGGAUGGAGACUGACGAGUUCCAGUUGCCAGAGGAUGACCGGCGGGGCAUUCAACAGAUCUAUGGUCAACCAGACAGCAGCCCCACCCAGGCCCUGCCCACCGUGACUCCCCGUCGCCCCGAGCCCAGGCCACCUCAAACACCUCCACGGCAUCCAGACCGCCCCAGGACCACGGAGAGACCAGAUCACUAUGGACCCAAUAUCUGUGAAGGGAACUUUGACACGGUUGCUAUGCUCCGAGGAGAGAUGUUUGUUUUCAAGGGCCGUUGGUUCUGGCGGGUGCGUAAGAACAGGGUUCUGGAUAAUUACCCCAUGCCCAUCAGUCACUUCUGGAGGGGUCUGCCUGGAGACAUAGAUGCUGCCUACGAGAGACACGACGGCAGGUUCGUCUUCUUUAAAGGAAACAGAUUUUGGCUUUUCAGGGAGGCAAACCUGGAACCAGGCUAUCCACUGGAGCUGGUUGAUUAUGGUCGAGAUAUUCCUUAUGACAGAAUAGACACGGCUAUCUGGUGGGAGCCAUCCGGCUACACUUACAUCUUUCAAGGAGACUGGUACUGGCGCUUCAACGAGCAGUCACGCUUGGCUGACAGAGGCUACCCGAAACCAAUCAGCGUCUGGGGUUCGUCAGUGCCUUCUACUCCCAAGGGGGCCUUCCUCAGCGAUGAUGGGGCAUACACCUUCUUCUACAAAGGAUCCAAGUACUGGAAGUUUGACAAUCACCGCAUGAAGAGCGAACCCGGCUACCCCAAGUCCAUUCUGAGAGACUUCAUGGGCUGCAGCGUAGACCUGGACCCAGACAGAGACACGGACACAGACACAGGACGCAAGUACCCCGACGUGAACCGCCCACCGUUCAACCCGGACGCAGGACGUGACGGCGACAAGGGCAAAGACCGGGAUGGAACGGAUCGCACUGGAACGGACAAAGACGCGGGCAGAGGGUCGGACAACGACAAAGACGAAGAGUACCGCGAGGGUCGUGAGGAAGACACCAACGAGGUGGACGUGGUGCUGAAGGUGGAUGACAGCGAGGAACGGACCAUGAACAUCCUGAUGGUAACCAUCCCACUGGUCCUGGUGCUGUGCAUCCUGGGACUGAUCUAUGCCAUCAUCAACACACUGCAGAGCAAAGGUGCGCCGCGGCUGCUGGUGCACUGCAAGCGCUCACUGCAGGACUGGGUCUGACCCUUGACAUUAGGGGACACUGAACUCUGAACUUAAAUUGGACCUUAGACACCACCCUCCUCUUAUCCAACCCUCCUCCCAGUGAUCCAUUGGUCUCAAGUCUCUGCGCUCAGUGACUCCUACAACUCGUAGUACAUGUGGUAGUAGAUUCAAUACUGUACUGAUACACACACACACAUACACACACACUAGAAGCAAACAUAAAUUAUGUCUUACAUUUACACACCCUCCAACACACACACACACACACACACACACACACACACACCCUAACCUCCUCCUGUCUCCCAUGGUGCUCUACAAUGCAGUGACUGUAGUCUAUUUAUAUGAGAGAAGUUUGCACAUUGUUUUUUUUUCUUGUUAUUUUUGUUUUGGUUCAUUUUGUGUGACUUUUUGUCGUCAUUAUUGUUACUAAACCAGGAAGGCCCUUCUAUUCUCUCUCCCAUCUCUGCACCGCCCUUCUCCUUCCCCUGAUCUCAGUAGGGCCUUUUUCCUCGCUGAUAACUCGACAUCUGCUUAUGCUAUCGCGGUUGCCACGAAAGAACGAGAUGCAAAGGGUUAGGAAAGAAAGAGCGAUUUGUCGACAGGCCAUUAUGCUUCAAGUAGGGUUUAGUACUUCCUCCCCUCAUCAUCAUCUUCUUCAUGCUGCUCCAUCUCUUCCCUUCUCUCUGCAGUGCAGUAUGUCGUGGGGUGGAGGUGAGUUGGAGAGAAACAUUUCACUGUAGUUUACAUUAAGAGGUAUUUAGAGGCCUGCGUUUAUUCCAGGUAUUAUCCUCCCUUUGACUCCCUCUGAAGGUGAUGAGUCUGUGGUUGUGACUCUGAAGGUUGGAUAGGAGUUGAGUUUAUUAGUAAUACAGACUCUGCUUUGGUUUUAAAGGGUAAUAGUAAAAGCACCAUACUCAUCAAGAUAAUUCCUGAGGUCUGGUAGUGUGGCGUGUUGCUAAAAAGAUGUGGAUCACACAGGCUUGAAUCAAACCUCCAGACUGGCCGAAAUUCUUUGGAAAAAUGAUUAGCCAAGCAUAAAUAAGUUUGUAAACCAGAUUCCUGGUUUGACUUUGACCAGCGGUACUUGCCUCAUACAGGCUGUGCACACACAGCUUUCAGCUCUGCUACAUCUGUUUAACAUGAGGGUUUGUUUAAAGGAAUGAUUUGACAUUAUGAGAAAUACUCUUUUUUUGAACAGUUACAUGACAAGAUCUCAUGUCCGAACACUAAAUAUGAAGCUACAGCCAGCAGGCAAUUAUCUUAUCUUAGCAUCAAGACUGAAAGAAGAGGGGCUCAGUUAGCCUGGCUCUACCAGCACCACUGAAUUUCAUCAACUGACACGUAAUACGUUACUUGUUUAAGCAUGUUUAACCAGGGUAGCUAACCAGAUGCUGGCUAAAUCUAUUAAAUGUACGGACGUGAGGAUGGUGUUGAUGAUUCCUUUAAAACGUGGCUGAUUCUCAGGCUUUGCUGGAGCCAUUUUGCCAUGUUACGCGAUAUCAGCAAUUACUUUUAAUGCGUACAAUGUCAUCAACAGAUAGAUGUAGUGGCUGUGAAAAUAAGACCAAAGUUGUGAUAAAUAGUAAUUAUCCCUAUUAAUUUACAAUUAAAUCCGAGCUACUCCUGCUCUGUUUUCCUUCUUUAUCUUGAGCUCGCGUUGUUCUGCCUUCUUGCUUUUCCUUAUUUGGAAACCAUUUAAAGACCUCUUUGGCUCAAAGGGUAAACAGACUUUAAAGGGGAACUCUUCCCUCAGCUUUCAUUCUCAGAGAGCCUCCUUUCUGUCAACAAUGAGACCUUUUCUUUGUGCUACAGAGGAGACAGACUAAUGGUUAAGUUAAAGAGUCAGCUCACUGUGAAAUAACAGCAGAGAGGAAGCAUUCAUUGCGUUUGUGUGUGUGUGUGUGUGUGUGUGUGUCUGUGUGAGCCAUAAAACAAGGGAGAGACAAAGCAAAGCCACAGCCUUUAACUUCAGAACAGGAUGUAACACCACAAAUACAACACAGCAGUGGCAGGGUGCAGCUAAUGUACCGUGCAGGUUAUGAUGGACUUUUUACUGCUGGUGUUUUUUGAAAGGACAGUCUUAGAAACGACCUGUGGUCUAUCUGUUGUAAAUAUAGCGGAGCUGUAAGCGCCAGGGUGGGCUCAGGCCAUGCGGGCUCAUGUGAACACAGACUAAUCCUGUUCAUUAAAAAACAGCAGGUGUGUGCAGAUGCUGCUAACCCCAUGUGACCCUAAAGUAAACUUUGAACUCUCAGAACCAAAACACACAAUUCCCUUUUCAGCCUGCAAGAACAGAGAUGUCAGAUCAUUUCCAUCUUAAAUCCUCAGUAUAUCUGUAUUGGAGAACCAGACCAGUGUUUUUGACCAUUUUAUCAUUGUCAACCAUUUACAAAUGCAUGCCAUGCAGUUUUACAUUUUUGCGUGUGUUUUUCAAACUGUUCCGCUAGUGGGUUUCCAUUUCUGAAUAUAUGAAAAUCACCUAGCAGACUAUGUGAAGGCAAGAAUUCACAUCACUUUGACCAAACGUGCAGGCUUGAUGUUCACUUGGAUUGAUUAUACAGCUCAAGCAAGGUUGUUUGAGUCUGCUUACUGAUUUUGAUAUUGUACAGAAAUGAAUGGAAAUCAAUGGCUGUCAUGGAAACAUGGACAUAGCUGAAAAAUAACAGCACGCUUUGUAAAGUGGUUGCUACAGUGUUGGAGUGGUAAAGGCGCUAAAUUGUGCAAAACCAGUGGCAAUGUCUUUUAAAAUAACCUUUUUUUCUUUAAAGGAGAGUAACAAUAUGAUCAAAGACAUGAAAGAUAUUUUCACUUGACCCAUUUUAAUACAUUUUCAACAAUUUCUUAUUAUACUUGUGGAAUGAGCUAUUUAAGAUCUCCAGGAAGAGUAGCAGCAGUGGAACGUGAAAUGAUCUCGUCAUCACUAGUUUUAUCACAGAAAUAAGAUUUUGAGUCUAUGAGCCAGGCUAAAAUUACAGAGUGUAGGAGUGGACGACCUCAGAGAGCGACUUGAAAAUUGAAUGGGAGGGGGGGCUUAUCUGAGGUAGCAUUAAGAAGUAAGCUGCCUGUCUGACCAGAGGGGGCUCGGUUCACCCGGCUCACGUUAC